AUGACCCCUGAGAAGGUCAUAUAUCCAUCCACAAUAUGGAUUGCUAUAUUGUUAUUUAUAAUAUGGCAAUUAAGCAAAAUAGGCCGUCGACCCAAGGACUAUCCCCCAGGCCCGCCCACUCUUCCCCUUAUUGGUAAUCUACAUCAGAUACCAACAGAGAAGCGCCAUUUACAAUUCGAACAAUGGGCUCGAGAGUAUGGGCCAAUAUAUUCACUUAUGCUAGGGAAUCGGGUUAUGAUUGUCCUCAAUUCUGACCAGGCAAUUAAGGAUCUAGUAGAUAAGCGAGGUGCCAUUUACUCCUCGAGGCCGGAGUCUUAUAUAGGACAAGACAUUCUAAGCGGAGGCCUUAGAGUCUUGUUUAUGCCAAAUCAUGGAGUUUGGAAAAUGGCUCGGAAGUUCGUUCAUCGUAUCCUAGGCAUCACGGCAGCGCGAACCUAUGUACCUUAUCAAGAUCUCGAAAAUAAGGCCAUGCUACUCGGCUUUUUAGAAACCCCAGAUGAUUUCAUUAGCCAUAUUCGCCGCUAUACAACCUCCUUGACCACCCAGAUGACAUUCGGCUUUCGUACCACGACUAUAAAAGAUCCAAGAUUCAAAGAGAUUUUUGACACAGCUGCACUCUUGGACCUAAUACCUAUCCUGAGACGCCUGCCAGAACGCAUAAUUAACGUCAAAAGCGAGGGGAGAGAGAUACACGAAAGGGAGCUAGAGUUGUUUCGAGAAUAUUAUCUCAAAACCAAGGGGAGACUACACGAUGGUACAGCCAAGCCGUGUAUUUGCGUGGACCUUGUCAAUAUGCAGAAGAAAGAAAUAUUUUCUGACGACCUUGCCGCAUAUAUCAGUGGCUCGCUGUUGCAAGCUGGCUCCGAAACAACAGCAUGUAUUCUUGUAGGGUUCAUUCAAGCUAUGAUUAUUUUCCCUGAGGUAGCCAGGAUUUCUCAAGCCGAGCUUGACCGCGUGUGUGGAGACCGUUUGCCUGAUCUUAACGACGUCUCUAACCUACCGUACAUCCGGGCCUGUGCUAAAGAAGCCCUACGCUGGAUGCCAGGGUUCUUAUUGGGCAUACCUCACGCUGUUACUCGGGACGAUACAUAUCUUGGAUUUAAAAUACCUAAAGAUGCAACAGUAAUCCUUAAUGUCUGGGCUAUACAUAACGACCCUAAGAAAUACGCAUCGCCUCGGGAAUUCGAACCUAUGCGUUAUAUAGAUGAUAACCAGACAUCUAUGGACUCAGCAAAUAAUCCCGAAGUUAACCAACGAGAUCACUUUACCUUUGGGGCAGGUAGACGUAGGUGCCAGGGUAUGCACAUUGCUGAUCGCUCCCUAUUCUUAGCAAUUUCUCGCCUCCUCUGGGCAUUUAACUUCCAAAGAGCUAUUGAUCCCGAUAGCCAUAAAGAGAUCAUUCCGGAUAUGAACGACCUGACAGAAGGCUUGAUGGUGUUCCCAACGCCAUUUCCGGCUAAAAUAGUGCCAAGGGAUGACCGGAAAACCCGCAUUUUGAGGGAAGAAUGGGAUCAGGUGUCAAAGUCACUUGACGAUCAGAAUCAAUGGAAGACUGUUCCAGAAGGAUUGAUUUGGAAGGACGAGCAGCUUUCUGAGUUACUGGGACAGGCAUUCGAAGAAUGA